UAUUCGUUCAGCUCGCAGAACGAGUUAAGAGGGAGGAGAGAAAUGGGGGGAUUCAUCGAAGGAAGCCUCGCGGAAGCAAAGCUCAUCGGCGAUGAGGUCUUCCCGAAGACGCUACUCCCGGCGGCUGCCUCCAAGGUAGACCUGGCCAAGUCGGUUGUCGCCGAACGCGAGUUCCUCGUAGCCACACUUCGCCGGCAUCGAGCGCUGCUCUUCCGCGGCUUCAAAGUGACCUCUAUGGAGGACUUCGAACGCGUGGUGGAAGCCUUCGACUGGGAACCCUACCAAAUGAUUUUGGGGACUACCACUCGUUCUAAGCUCUCCGAACGCAUCUACACCGCCAACGAGGCUUCAACGGACUUGUUCAUCAACUUUCACCACGAGUUGCCCCUGCGUCCGAAGGUGCCAUCCAAGAUAUUCUUCUACUGCAUUCAGCCGUCGCCGGAGGGAGGGGAAACAUCGAUAGUCGCGAGUGAUGUGAUCGUUGAGAAGAUGGAGGAGAGGAUGCCAGAUUUUAUGGCGAAGGUGAAGGAGGUUGGAUUAAUUCAUGGCAACAAAACGGCAACUGACGCAGAAGUUGGAACCCAAUCCAUAUUUAACAGGAGUUGGAAAGCCUCUCUGGGCAGCGACGAUGAGGUGGAGGCUGAGAAAAGGGCCAAAGAGACGCUUUCUUGCAGCGCAGUUAACUUCUUCAGUGAUGGAAGUGCAGAGUUAGUUUUUGGACCCUUAAAUCCGGUUGUUGAACGCGAGGGGAAGCGGGCAUGGAUUAUCCCAAUUCAUGGCUACACUGACGAUAAAGAUAUGGCUUCCAAUAAAUUUGGUGAUGGAAAUGCUUUUCCUUCGGAAGUGUUUGGCAUUUACGAGCAGCUUUUGGAAGAGAACUGCGUCGACAUCAAAUGGCAGAAAGGCGAUGUUUUGCUUCUCGAUAACUACGUCGUACAGCAUGCAAGAAGGCCGGGAAAGCCACCACGACGUCUGCUUACGUCUAUUUGCAACUGAUUUUAAUGCAGCGUUUGAAUAACUCUUCCAUUAUCUUUGAAAAAUCUUAUUGCGAGUUACGUGCGAUGAAUUUUAGUUGUUUGGUUGAUUUCCGAGCGUUCAGUCUUAUGGCUAUAUUUAAAGUUUCGCUUUUUAAGAGCCUUACGAUAACAGUUUUUUUUAUCUUUUAUGAGUUGAGACAACUUAUGCGGAAUAAUUAUUUUCUUGUGAUUGUAUUUAGAGGCA